AUGACUUCUAAUAAUACAGACGAUUUAUUUAUAUGUGGAAAAUGUCGUAUGAAUUUUACUGAUUUAAAUAUAUUUCUAACUCAUCGAUCGACUUGUAUUGGACAACAAACAAGAAAUUUAUUUCAUCCAUCAUCAGAUAUACUCGAACACGAAUUAGAUGCAAUUAUUGAAGAUGUUUCAUUAUGUAUUCCACAAACAACAAGUUUAUAUUAUCAUCCUCUAGAUUCUGACAUCCAAUCGACAAAUGAAUUUGAUUUAUUAUUUUCUCAACCUGUUGAACACAAUACUAUUAAUAAUGAAAUAUUAAAUUCGAACGUAUCAUCUAAUCCUACAGAAUAUGCCAAAAUAGAAAAUGAUAUAUCUCAAAUGAGUCUAUUGGAAUGUCCAGUAUGUGAUGAACAAUUCGAUGCACCAAUAAUAUUAGAAAAUCAUGUUUUUGAACAUUCAACAUGGAUUGAUGAAGAUGAUAAUACAAAUUCAAAACUUGGUUUAUCUUUUGAUGAUUCAUCAUCGAGUUAUACAGAUCUACUAGACGAACAAUCAACGAAACCAUUAGAAUGCAAACAAUGUACUGUCACGUUUGCUUCCAAUGCAUCAUUAAAUAUUCAUAAAAAAAUGAUUCAUUGUCUCAAUCCUGUCUUUCGUUGUUUAAAUGAAGCUUGUUCUCAAUUAUUUGAUAAACCUGUUGAUUAUAUUCUUCAUGCACGUAUUCAUAGUCAAAAACGACAUAUUGGUUCUCGACGUACAUCUCGUAGUAAUGUUUGUUAUCGUCGUCGUAAACGUACAUAUCGUUGUAGAAUAUGCAAACAAUCUUUUGUAACAUCUGAACAAUUACAAUAUCAUAUGCAUUAUGAAACACAUAAAUUUCUUUGUCAGUUAUGUCCAGCAGAAUUUGAAUCGAAUAAUUCCUAUCAUAAUCAUAUAGCAAAACAUUCUGAUCUUGCACUUUAUCGUUGCACAGUAUGUAUUGAAACAUUUCAGAAACGAAAUGAUUUAUCACGACAUGUUAUAACACAACAUAAUGAAGAUAUACCAAAUCAAAAAAGUUGUUCAUCAUGUAAAUUAACAUUUAAAACAACAUUCCAUUUAAAUCGACAUAAUGUUACCAAACAUUCAGAUAUAAAACCAUUUAAAUGUCAACAAGAUGGAUGUGAACAAGCAUUUGCUCGAAAAGAUAAACUAAAACAACAUGCAGCGAAACAUAGUGAAUCGGGUGGAUUAUUUAAAUGUGAUAGAUGUGUUAAAACAUUUGUUCGACCAGAACAUUUACGUGAUCAUGAUAUUGUACGUCAUUCACAUCAAUAUCCAUUUCAGUGUGAAUUAUGUCGAAAAGGUUUUCUUCAUCAAAAUCAACUUUAUGCUCAUCAUAAACAACGUCAUUCGAUUGAAAAUCAAACGAUAAAGGAAAAUCCAGAAUGUUUUAUGUUUGAGCAAGCUCAACAAAAUUUAGAAUUUAGUAAUUAUCAAACAGAUUUAUAUUUAGAAAGACAAUGA